AGGGAAACCGCCAACCGGUUAUCUCGCUUGUUUAAGCUCCUGUCAAAACAAACCACAGUGUCUUGCAACGGAAUUGUAAUCAGUAGGUUUGUGUAAAUUGUAAUUGGAAGAAAUUUCGUUUUGAAGUCCUAUGUCUUAAACCACGCUACGUCCUUUCUGUACCAAACGUUUCCAACAACAACAACACACACCAUAUGACGUUUUGAGAUUUUACAAACCAACUAUGAGAGGCGUCCUGAAAAGUGGAGAUUCCUUACCUAUACCUUUAGCCCCUAAGGUAACAACUGUCGGGCGGGAGGGAUGUGAUCUUACACUGCAGAAUCCUGGAAUUGACCAUCAGCAUGCUGUCAUUGAGUACAAUAAUCAAGAGGACUGUUUUGUCCUUCAAGAUCUGAACACAACUCAGGGCACUUACGUAAAUGAUGUUCGUGUGCAGAAUGCUGCAGUGCGCCUUGCUCCUGGAGACAAUGUCAGAUUUGGGUUCAGUGGCAUGUCAUACACCCUUGAUGUGGAGAAUCCUCCACCAGUAAAUCACCCACCUGUGCAGUAUAGGCCUGCGUGGACUCAACCGUUAGCCAUGUUUCCUGACAACCAACCUACCUAUGCCCAGACCAUGACAUCAAAGGCUAGUCUCCCUUACCUAACAACUGUCACGCCCUCUAUGUCGUGCACGCUGUGGUCACCUAUUGCCGUCCAACAAGGUCCCCCGCCAAAUAUCCCCAGGCCUCCUCUGCGCAGCAGGCCUCUGAGUGCAGGUGGCGCCACCUACAGGAGGUCAAGUUUUGACCGAGUCCAGAACAUUCCAGUCCCCGUUAUCACCAGCAGUUGUUACAACAACAGCACAACGACAACAUCAACAAUCACCUCAACACCUCAGGUUGUCACAUCUUCCAGAUCUGUGAAUGGUGGAUGGAUGGGUGGAGUCAGUUCCCAGCCUGCAGCGGUGUCUUCCCCUGCACCUGUCACAAUGCAACAAAACAUGGACAAUUCUUUACAUGCAUUGCAGGAAAAGGAUCAGAAGAUCAUGCAGUUGAGCCAGGAGCUGUGCCAGCUUCGUGGGAUUGAAGUGGAAACACUGAGGAAGGACCAGACUAUUCAGUACCUACAGCAUCAGAUCUCCGGGCUACAAGCUCAGGUGGACAACGCACCCUCGUUUGUCAUGGGAGGUGAUGCUGACAUAACACAGAAACUACUGCAGCUGGAAGCUGAGGUCAGCAGUAAGAAGUGUGAGGUGGACUCCCUGAAAGACGAGAUUAACAGAAUCCGAGCAGAGUCCCAAGAAAAUGUACCAAAUCUUCGUCUGGAACUUGGAGAAAGGGUUACAGAAUUGACAUCAGUGCGCAAAGAACUUGAUCGUGUCAAGAAAGACAAGAACAUAACAUCUGGCUUGGUUACUCAGAUGCAAAGGGAUAUGGCAAACAAGGACAUGACAAUCAGCAAGUUGACAAGAGAGAUGGAGAAUAUGAAGAAGGAGUCUAGAGAUAAGGAUCAGCAUUUAACCAACAUGUCCAACAGGGUAACCAAGGUAACCGAUCAGAAGAAGAUUCAGGAAGAAAGGGAUGCUAGAGAGAAGGAACUGAUCAGCUUAAGACUUAAAUUUAAAACUGCUGAAAACAAAGUACAGCAACAUGAAGAGACAAUAGAGGCGAUGAAGCAAGAGAUGGAGAAGAUGAGGCUGAUGGUGUUUGAAGCCACAGACAAACUGAAGAAGGCUCAGAGUGAAGCUGACACGGCUAAAGCCCAGUAUGUGGACAUAGAAAGGACAGAGCGGACUGUUAGAGUGGACUUGGAACAAGUGUCCAAGAAGAUGGAACGCUUCAGGAACAGAGUGGUGCAGCUGACAUUCUCCUCGCCAGAGACACCCUCUCCUCAGGAGGAGAUCUCAGAUGAUAAAUUAGUAGAAACUUUGAAGAGUUUCAUUGACGACAGAACCGAGCUGCGCAGGAGAAUUAAGGACUUGACGGAAGAGCUGCAGGAAUCCAAGCUGAACAAUGCGGAUAACUCUGACACAGUCAAACAACUGAGAGACCACAUUGACCAGGCUCUGACUCGGGUCAAGGAGAAAGGUUGCCUGUCCAGUGUGCUCAGCCAUGAGGUGAAAUUGUUAGAAUCAGUCGUGUUGGAGGAAGACACCAUGGCAUGGCUGAAGGAGGCUGUCUUGGGAUUCCUACAGACGUUCAGCAGCUGGGAAAAGAAUAUUGAAACCGCUCUGGAAAAUUGUGGAGUCAACACAAAGAUCUCAACAGAUUCCCCCGACAAACACAUCAGUCUUCUCUUUGCUAAGUGGGAGUCAUCUAUAACUGAGAAGGAUCGCCUAAUGGAACAGAUUUCAUCCCUUGAGCAGCGCCAUCAGGCAGAAAUGGAGCAGAGAAUUAAUAUUGUCAAAUCAGAAACAGAGGGUAAAGUCACAGAUGCUGUGGAGAAAGCUAACUUGGCAGCUGAGGAGAAAUUGAAUCGAGCUAUUGACGAGAUCAGAGCUGUAGAGGCGGAGAGGCGAGAAAAUGCCCUCCAGUCAGAGAGAGCUAAGCUAGAUGAGCUGGAGUCUGCCAUGGCCAAAUUACGACAAUCAUUUGCUGAGAAACAUGAAGAAGACCAGUCCAAACUUGAGGCAGCCUCAGAGACUGUACGGCAACUGGAAGAGUACAAACAGCUGGAGACUACCCUUAGGCAGCAAAUAACAGCCCUGGAGAACUCAAAGUCAGAGGAGGUGGAGAAGGCAGAGAAAGAAAGAACAGCUGCCAAUCAGCAGAUCGAGACGGAAAUCCUCCAGUACAAGGAGCAAAUCAAACAGCACUCCGUCACCAUAUGUGCCAUGGAAGAUCGUCUGACCAAGGUGACCAAGAGAAACAAGGAUUAUGCAGACGAGGUCAUUGAACUCAAGAAAACAAUACAAAACCUGAAAAACAAGCCAAUUCAAAAACCUGCCUUAAUUCAUAAACCGAGAGAUAUAAUUGAUCCAAAGAAUUCCCCUGAGUUUGUGGCCUUGGAGCAGCUCAUCUCAGUUUUAAGGCCAGAAAACUUGGAAUUGAAGAGAAAACUUAAGGAACAGGUAGAUGUGUCUAAUGGCUUACGACGUGAUUUAGUGGGGGCUUCAGCUCGUCUCUCUGAUAUUACAGGGGAGAUGAGCGAAAAGCAGAAACAGGAGAUUGAACAGAACAGAGCCCAGGUUAUUCAGCAGAAAGGGGAGAUAAUAGAACUGAAGCAACAGAUGGCAAAAUUAUCUCAGAUUAUAGACAAGAGAAAAGAAGAAGUGAAAAGUUUAGAAUCAGAGCUCAGCAAAGAAAAAUCCAUUUCUCGAAAGUUUCAACAACAUAUUGAUGACAACUUGAGCCAGAUUAGAAGUUUAGAGGGCAAGUUACAAGAUGAAAAGGAUGAGCAGAAAAAGCAGCUGGAUUUAUUAGAAAAUGAAGGCCGCAUUACUUCUGAGAUGACCGCCCUUGGUGCCCAGUGUCGCGGGGAACGCCACGAACAGGUUAUCCUUAGACAGAGAGAGGCGCUGUCAGAACUGAGGGCCAGGGUCAAGGCCUUGGAACAAGCCAAGCCUCCAUUGCCUACACAUGACCAGGCCUUGCAGCAAGUAAUCAUCCUGAAGAAAGAAUUGGCAGAGAUGAGAGCCAACCAGCUGCUGUCAGAGGAUCACACCUUACAUAGUGUUACCUCCCUUGACCGUGAAGUCAACAGAGUGCGGGGCAUGAUGCCCACAGUGACGGCAGAAGUGGAGAUGGAGAAGAGUGCUCACAGGGAAACAUUAGAUGCUUUAGAGAGUAGCGAAGCUACGUAUUUGGCAUUACUGAAGAAAAUGGCAGCCUGUCUGGAUCUAGAAGAGGCCAUUGGUGCACGGUCCAUGGCUCACAUCCCUAAAGAUGAGCGACGACGCUUACAGAAGGAGAGAGAAGAUAUCUGUGAACAGUUAGCCAGACGUGUCAAACUCUUGUCAGAGCGACUACAGCGCAAAGAUGAAAUGUUGCAGGGUUAUGAAAAAGACUUGGCCAGGUUGAGACAAGCUCAAGAACUUGCUGAUAAAAAAGGAAGUCAAGUCGAAAAUCUUGUGCAUGAUGUUCGAAAUCGAUCAGAGGAGUGUCAGUAUCUGCGAGAAUCAUUGAACAACACACAGUCUAAGCUAGACCAGGAGAAGAGACUGAAUGCAGCCAUAAAACAGAAAAAGACAUUCCAUCUAGAGAAUGAGAAAGCUCACCUGAGUUACUCCCCUUCUUCCCACAAGUGCCCACCAGAGGACCCCAUGGGAAAGAAGGCAGCUCAAAAACGGCUACAGAAGGAGCUGAUAAAACGAAAAAACUACGAAAUCAAGACAUUGAAGCAUGACUUAUGUGAAACCGAGCAACAUUUGACGGAGAGAGAAAAGAGGCUUCUCAAGCUAGAGACGAGACUGGGAUUCGAAAGACCAGGUGAAGUCAUUGAAUGAGUGCUUGUUAUGGGGGAAAAACUGUCUUAGCAGUCAUAUCUGUGUUCUCGGUAUACAGGAUAUGUAUUGUAGCAUUACUUGUAAUUUAAUUUCAUAGAGUUAAAUUGAGAUAGUAGUUUAUUUUGCAUAUUAAUUAUAGGUUCUGUGAUAUUUAUGGUAUAGGACCUUUGGUUACUUAACUUUUUAACCAUUAACCCUAGACGUUCCAGUCUUACAUUGUCACAGGUCUCAACUAUAUCAUAAACAUGUAUUCAUUUAUAGGUCCAAGAUAAUGUGGCAUACCUUACACUUUUUUGACUUGUUUUGUGUAUAGCAUGCACAAGGCUGCUUUCAAAAUAGAUGUUUGUACUAAAUAUAGGUGGUUACUGUACACAGUGGAGCAUGUAUAUUUGAGAGGAAAGGUAAAUUUUAGUUGGUUUUUGCUCCAUUUAUGUUUCAUUUCUAUGGUUAGUAGUCUUGGUUAAGUAUGUCAGCUUACUUAUUGACCUGUAUGUUUUCUGUUUUUCGUACAUUGGAUUAACUGUGCAUUCUCUUAAAGUGUUUUUUUUUUUAUUGCUACAAGUACACAUAAUAAUAUACAUAGUUUUAUAUACCUUUAAUUCUAAGACUUUAAGAGCUAGGGUCAUGCAUGUAGUCCCCUUUGUUGUAAAGGUCUUGUAUAACACUAAAAUUGAUAUUCUUUUACAAAGUUUUAGAUAUUAAAAAUUAUAUACACUGCAUACAUGCAUGUGAUGAUUUAUUAUUAUAUAGACUCACAUGAAUUGUAGAGUGGAAUGUCAUGUUUGCUGGUUUUUGUGUGCGUUUUUGCCAUUUUUUGCCACUGAAAAAGAAACACAGAUGGGGUCCUACAUAAACUUUCAAAGACCUUACAGAAAUAUAGGGAAAUUUUGAAAUUGGCAUACAUUGAUAUGAUAUCCAUUCAAUAAUGAAUCAUAUAAUAACUUUUUUCAUUACCAGCAGCAUUUUUAAUUUUUAAUCUGUUAUUUGAAAGUCACUUUCUAAUCUAGACAUCACAGUGACUAUCUAUUCUGAGUGUAGCAAGACACACACUUUUCAAGUCUUUUUUUUUUUUUUUUUGUCUUUUUUUUUUAAGGUUGUGCUAUUAAUGUACAGAUUAAUGUGUUUGUCUUGGGCGAGGCUCAGGUAUCCUCUUUAUUGUUUAGUCAUUUUUGGGGGGUUUCUUUGCAUGUAUUUGCUUUCUACAAUGAAAGCUUAGAGUCACAUGCAUUAUACACAUGCACUGAAGAAAAUCUCGAUAUAAAGUUGAUAAAUUUGUGAAAGGGAGGGGAGGGUGGGGCUGAUCAGGCCUGAUAAUCUAAUUAAGUAGUAGAGGGCCACAGUGUAAAUUGAUAUACCUGUUUUGAUCAGCUAUAUAUAAUAUAAUACCAUUAAUUAUAUCUUUACCACUGUGCCAAGUUUUACAAAUUAUAAUUGCAUGGCUGUAAAUCAAUAUGGCACCUGCAUGAAAUAUAACCAACUGAAAUGACUGCCGUCUGCGUAUACAAAAUAUACCAGUUUCGUAUUCUUGUUUUCAGAUAUAAAUAUCCCUUUGCGGGAAGAAAUUCGAAACUGUCCGUUCUUUUGUCCACUGUCCGUCCUUUUGUCCACUGUCCGUCCACUAGUGUCAACAUUAUCUUGGUUUCUUUGUUAUGGUUAUUUUCUUUUUAAUUUAUAAAACAAGAGGAGGAUUAGCUGUUUGAUACAUGCAUAAUGAAAGAUGUGUAGAACCUUUAUAGUAAUUCAUACAUUUUUGAAAACUUAAGCCUCUGUGAUAUUGGUACUGUAGUCAUAAUAGUGGUGUUACUGUGUUGCUGU